AUGGUUUCAUGGACAGAGAAACACCGCCCAACAAGACUCCAGGAUGUAAGCGGUAAUGAUCAAGUGAUCAGAGCUUUGCAAACGUUCAAAUCCAUGGAGGCUACUCCAAAUUUGAUUUUGCACGGCCCACCGGGAAGCGGGAAGACGUCGUCAAUCCUUUCAAUGGCGAAAAGCUUUUUCGGAGGGACCAAUAUCUCUACCAUGACCCUCGAACUUAACGCAGGAGACUCCCGUUCGAUUGGAACCAUGCGCGACCAAAUUAAUUUCUUUACCAGAUGUUCCUCUGUGUCCGAUAAAUCGACCAACGCGCUAAAGUUAGUUAUACUAGACGAGGCGGAUGGCCUCACUAGUUGCGCACAGCGCGCGUUGAGGCAUCUGAUCGAAACCACUUGUGGUCGCGCAAGGUUCUGCCUUUGCUGCAACUACAUCAAUAGACUGUCCAGCGGUUUGCGAUCCAGAUGCACCUCAUUCAGCUUUUCUGGUAUUGGGAACGUGCAACUCGCUCGCACUCUACGGAAAGUAGCGCACAAAGAACGUCUGGAAAUAUCAGAGGAGGGGUUGAAUGCUGUCGUGAACGUUUGCGCGGGAGAUGCGAGGCAAGGCAUCAACCUUUUACAGAGCCUCAGCCUUGGUCACGCCACAACCCUUACUGCGCGCGACGACCAAGCCGUGUAUACUACAUGUGGCUUACCCUCCCCCUCCCAAACCAGUGAGAUUUUCGACGUGCUACUCAACCAAAGCUUCUCGGUUGGGUACACGACGCUCAUGUCACUUAUUGACCUCUGCCAGUUUUCUCUCACACAGAUGAUCCCCCGUCUGGUAGAGAGUAUCAUCUCGUGCGGCGAUGAAAAGAUGGGUGUGGAUAGAGUGGGAGAGGUAUUGUCCACACUUGCUGAUGUCGAACGUUGCUUGACAGAUGGAGGGUCGGAAGGUAUCGCCGUAGGUGCGAUGGCAAACACACCCAUCCCCAAACCUGUAUGUGAUGCCUCAAGAGAGGUUUCGGUCCGCUACAGUUCUACGUCUCAGCGCAUCUACAUAGAGUCCGUCGACGGGUCUCGUGGCGGAUGUGCUAGCCCUACGACUGUGUACGAGGCUUUGGGCGACGCCAGCCCACUACAUCCCCUUGAAACACCCGGGGAAUGGAUGCUCACAGAAUCUCUGUACGUUUUGGAUGGCAUUACCUUUAACCUGCAUGGAACCGAUGCGGGGGGCGAUGUAGACUACAUCAAGCUCAGAAGCGACUCUGAAAUGACAGUAAGCAUUCGCGCUCACGGAGGAUCGCUGGAUUUGCUCAACACAAAGGUAACCUCGUGGGACUCCUCCAAAGGUGACGUAGACACUGAUUGGAGUGAUGGUCGCUCGUACCUCAGCGCCAUAUCUGAAGUUGUUCUCGACGCUAGUGAAACGUGCGUAGGUUCCGCCAAGGAGGACAUGGGAGAAGCACGCAUGGAUAUUCAAAACUGCGAGAUCGCUUUCCUAGGAUACGAGGAAGUAGAAAGCUGGGGAAUUAGCUGGAAAUUACGCGGUGUUUGCAACGAUAAAUCCAACCUGGACCUGUACGAGGGAGUCGGGGUGUACGGAAACCUGCUUGACAGUGAUGUCCACGACAUGUAUUAUGGCCACUAUGGGUACAGACAGUCAUUCGCUCUCUUAAGCGGAAACAGCGUUUACAACAACGAAGUGUAUGGAUUUGACCCCCACGACGAUUCUGUCAACAUUACCAUUUCGCACAAUGAGGUGUACUUCAAUUUCAAUCAUGGCGUGAUAUGGUCCAAGUAUUGCCACAAUGCAGUAGUCACCAACAACCACGUGCACGACAACGGCGGCGUGGGAAUCUUUCCACACUUCGUGUCCAACAACGCAUACAUCGCGCACAACACUGUAGAGAGGAAUGGCGACAGCGGCAUUGCCUUUUUAGAAUCUAGUGGAGGUCUCGUGUACAACAACACCGUGCGGGAAAACGUACACGGAAUUCGGUUCUCUGUCGGGUCUCGCCAAAAUGUGGUGGCCGACAAUACCUUUGAGGAAAACACUGGACACGACCUCUACCAGUACGCGGGUAAUGAUGCGGUGGUGGAGGUAGACAGCGGAAACCCCACCAGCAAUGUGAUUUUUGCGAACCAGUUUUCUGGGAACACCGGGGGAGCACGACUGGACGACUCCGUAGGCACCCAGCUAGUAGCCAACACGGUCGAAGACUGGGCUAGCUUCGAUAUGGGGGACUCGGUAAACACUCUUAUUGAGGGCAACACCUUUCCAGUGGACAUGAUGUACACUUCGAGUGGAUCGUGCAUCAAUUCCGCUUCAGACGUGACCUUCGGGGAUAUCUGUACCAACGCUGCUGCGAUCGACCCCUUCGACCAGAGCGGCUACCGCACAAAUGAAGUGGAUGCGGCCGCCGAGACGUACGCACCAAGUGCGUCGCCGUCUGCUUCCGCAUUUACCGCAACACCCACCACACAACCGUCUGCUUCGGCAUUUACCGCAUCACCCACCAGGGAUGGGGCAGCCAAUUGCAUGCAGAGCGGCUGCGGGAGUGGGGGGAUCGGUGACAGGGGUGCCAAUGAAGAGGAUGACUUUCAUGAUGAAUUUGAAACGAUGUCACCAACACCCACGAAUGCUCGUGGUAUUAAUAGUGCAGUUGACGAUGAUCGAAACACACAAGGAUCCGACUCUUUCGACUUCAUAUCCGUGACGAAAUUGUAA